AUGGAAGGCUGUGACUCGCCCAUCAUCCCUGGGAAGGACAACGGGUGCAGCAUCUCUCAGCACCAGCAAUGGACUGAUGUCAACAGCGCCCACCUCCCUGACACAGUUGGCAGCAUGGAGCAGCCCAUGGCAGCGACUUGUGGCCCCCUGGACAGCCUGAGGGUCCCUUUCCCCGAGAGCAGCACAGCAGCUGGCCCCAGCGCCAAGCCCACCAGCAAGGAGGUGAGCUGCAGGCAGUGCGCUGUCUCCUUCACAGGCCUGCAGAGCUACAUGGAACACCGCUGCGCCGAUGCCUGCCCAGCCCUGCCACUGCAGGGGGACAACGGGAGUGAGAGUAGCGAGGAUGGGGAGGAGAGUGAUGUGGAGAACCUGGCCGGCGAGAUCAUCUACCAAUCUGAUGGCUCAGCCUACACUGUGGAGAGCCUCAGCCAGCUGGUGCAGAGUGGGGGUGCCUACAGCAGUGGGGCUCUCUCCUUGCUGCUCCUGAACUCACUGGCCAAGCAGGGAGAGCCCUCUGCUGCUGCUACCGUCUACCCACAGAUCAUCAACACCUUCCACAUAGCCUCAUCCUUUGGGAAGUGGUUUGAGGGCUCAGACCAGGCCUUCCUGAAUACCUCAGCCCUGGUGGGCAUCAGCCCCGUCCUGCACAGCUUCCGCGUCUUCAAUGUGCGACACAGAAGCAACAAGGAUUACCUGAACAGUGAUGGUUCUGCCAAAAGCUCUUACAUAUCCAAAGAUGUUCCCAGCAAUGUGGACCUGUCCAAAUUUGAUGGCUUUGUGCUCUAUGGGAAGAGGAAGCCCAUCCUGAUGUGUUUCUUGUGUAAGCUCUCCUUUGGGUAUGUCCACUCAUUUGUGACCCAUGCAGUGUGCAACCAUCAAAUGACUCUGAGUGAGGAGGAGCGGGAAAUUCUUAGCAAUAAGAACAUCUCCGCUAUCAUCCAAGGGAUAGGCAAAGACAAGGAACCCCUUGUCAGCUUUCUGGAACCAAAAACCAAAACUUUUCAGCACCCUCUCAUUUCUGCAGCUAACCUCAUAGGUCCUGGACAGAGUUUUUAUGGUAAAUUCAGUGGCAUUUGCAUGGAAGGUGAGCAGGCGUUCCAGGCCAGGGCAGCUGAUGGAGCAGAGCUGCCACUGGCAGGUGUUCUGGCCCCCAGUGCGCUCCUCAACCUGGGCGGACUGACCAGCUUGGCUCUGAAGACUCCUAUUACCUCAGUCCCCCUGGGCCCGCUGGCUUCCGGUCCCACCAAAUUCUCAGAGGGGAAGGACCUUGGGGUGGCAGGGGGGGAGAAGCAAGAGGGGGAUGAGCAGGACAUCCUCUCAGAAAAGGCAGAGCUGGUGGAGGAGGAGGAAGAGGAGGACAUGGAGGAGGAGGAGGGAGAAGAUGAGGAUGAUGAGGGUUGCAAAGGACUGUUUCCAAGCGAGCUGGAGGACUGGCCUCAAGAGGAUGCUGAGGCUGUGGCAGGCAGUGACAGCAGCAAAAAGGACCUUGCUCUCUCAAACAAAAGCAUUUCUAACUCUCCCUUAAUGCCUAACGUGCUCCAGACCCUAUCGCAGAGCACAGAUUCUACUACUUCUAAUUCUGCUUCUUCCUUUGUCUUUGAUGGUUCAAACAAGGGUAAUCACUUCAGCUUUAACAAUGAGGAUGGUGGAGCCAGCAUGGCAGAGGGCAGCAGGAAGCUGGACUUUAUCCAUGAAAGUGCCAAUAAAGACAGUGCCACAGCACCAGAACCAAAUGAGAGUAUGGAGGGCGAGGACAGGAGCUACAUCUCCCAUCACCAGCAUGCUGGUCCCCUCUGUGAACUUGGGGGUGGGGAGUGCCCCUUGGGGAGUGGCAUGGAGUGCCCAAAGUGUGACACGGUCCUGGGCUCCUCACAGUCAUUGGGUAGCCACAUGACUAUGAUGCAUUCUCGCAACUCAUAUAAGACACUCAAGUUUCCCAAGUGCAAUUGGCACUACAAGUACCAGCAGACGCUUGAGGUGCACAUGAAGGAGAAACAUCCUGAGCCAGGUGGCUCCUGCGUGUACUGCAAAAGCAGGCAGCCUCACCCGCGGCUGGCACGGGGUGAGAGCUACACUUGUGGUUAUAAGCCCUUCCACUGUGAGGUCUGUAACUACUCCACUACUACCAAAGGCAACCUCAGUAUCCAUAUGCAGUCUGACAAGCAUCUCAACAACAUGCAGAACCUGCAGAAUGGAGGGGGCAAACAAGUCUUCAGCCACACCGCUGGGGUGGUGGCAGCAGCUGUGGUGGCCGCAGCAGCCAACAUUGGUAGCACAUGUGGGGCCACCUCCCCCACCAAACCAAAAGCCAAACCCACGUGGCGGUGUGAGGUGUGUGACUAUGAGACCAACAUAGCUAGAAACCUCCGUAUUCACAUGACUAGUGAGAAGCACAUGCACAACACGAUUCUGCUUCAGCAAAAUAUGUCCCAAAUCCAACACAGCCAGCACCUGGGCCUUAGCAGCCUACCGUCACCCACCGAGGCUGAGCUAUACCAUUACUACCUGGUGCAGAACGUGAACCUUCCUAACUUUAAGAUGGAUAGCACUUCCUCAGAUGCACAGUUCACAGUGGGUGGAUUCCAGCUCGAUCCCAUGGCAAUGAUUGCUCCACCUCUAGUGGGUGGAGAGAUCCCCAUGGACAUAUGGUUAGGUGGUGGACAGCUGGUGUCUGAGGAACUAAUGAACUUGGGUGAGAGUUUCACACAAACAAAUGAUCCAUCACGGAAGCUCUUCCAGUGUGCUGUGUGCAACAAGUUCACUACAGAUAAUUUGGACAUGCUGGGCCUUCACGUGAACAUGGAGCGUAGCUUCCCUGAAGAUGAGUGGAAGGCAGUGAUGGGGGACUCGUACCAGUGCAAGUUGUGCCACUACAACACACAGCUCAAGGCAAACUUCCAACUCCACUGUAAGAUGGACAAGCAUGUGCAGAAAUACCAGCUGGUAGCACAUAUCAAGGAGGGUGGCAAGGCCAAUGAGUGGAGGCUGAAGUGUGCGGCCAUUGGGAAUCCAGUACAUCUGAAAUGCAAUGCUUGUGACUACUACACCAACAGUCUAGAGAAGCUGCAUCUUCACACGGUGAAUUUGAGGCAUGAGACCAACCUGAAGCUCUAUAAGCACCUUCAGCAUCACGAGAGCUGGGUUGAAGGUGAAAGCUGCUAUUACCACUGUGUCCUCUGUAACUACUCCACUAAGGCCAAGCUGAACCUUAUCCAGCACGCGUGCUCCAUGAAGCACCAGUGGAGCGAAAACCUACGGAAGCUUCAGUGCCUUCCUGAAGAAGAGAAAGACCUGGGACAGAUCUUCACCAGCUGGAAGUGUACAGCAGCUGAGGCUGAAGAAUCCGCUGAAGAUGUGCAAGGGCCCAAUGAAACAUCUGUCGAUGCUGAAGAGCCUGCCAAGGACCAAGAGAGUGGAAGGGACAAGUACCAGACCAGCCAUGUAGAGAAGGAGCUGACAGACCCUCCAGCAUCCUCUAAACGAAUAUCAUUUCCCAGCAGCUCUGAGUUACCUCUCCCCUUUAAAUGGUCAGAAACUUCAGAAAAGACCAAAUCAGAGCAGAUGUAUCAGUGUCCAUAUUGCAAAUACAGUAACACAGACGUGAAUUGGCUGUGGGUGCAUGCCAUGACCCAACACUUGCCUCAGCCCAUGCUCUGCUGCCCUCUCUGCCAGGACACGCUGAUCAACAAGAUCGAUUUGCAGCUGCACCUCACCCAUCUGCACAGUGUGUCACCUGACUGUGUUGAGAAGCUCAUCAUGACAGUGGCAACACCUGAGGGGAUGAUGCCCAGCAGCAUGUUUCUCCCAGCAGCCGCUCCAGAGAAAGAUGAGAACACUGCUGUGGAGGAGCUGGGGAAGCAGCCUGAGAUCUCUGAGGACUUGGGAAAGAGUAUUCUGCUAUCUGACAGCACAGAGCACAGCGGAGAUCCCAAGCUGGUUCCAGCUGAUCCUAGCUGUGCCAGGGAGGACUCUGGCUUCCUCUGCUGGAAGAAAGGCUGCAACCAGGUGUUCAAGAGCUCGGCAGCCCUUCAGAUGCACUUCAAUGAGGUUCACGCAAAGCGGCCUCAGCUGCCAGUGUCUGAUCGCUGUGUCUACAAGUUCCCCUGUAACCAGUGCAGCCUGGCAUUCAAAACCAUUGAGAAGCUGCAGCUCCAUUCCCACUACCAUGCCAUCCAGGCAUCCACCGUGUGCUGCCUUUGCCAGUGCAGCUUCCGAACCUUCCAGGCCCUGAAGAAGCACUUGGAAACCAGCCAUCUGGAGCUGAGUGAGGCUGACAUUCAGCAGCUAUAUGGUGGUCUCUUGGUCAAUGGAGACCUCCUUGUGAUGGGAGAUCCUUUGCUCACAGAAGACCACGCUAUCAUAGUCGAGGAAGAUAAGGAGGAGGAGAGUGACUUGGAAGAUAAGCAGAACCCAACAGGUGGUGAUUCAGGGUCAGUGCAAGAGGACUCUGGCUCAGAACCAAAGAGGGCCUUACCCUUCAGAAAGAGCCCUAACUUCACUAUGGAGAAAUUCCUAGAUCCAUCUCGCCCUUACAAGUGCACAGUCUGCAAGGAGUCUUUCAUGCAAAAGAACAUUCUCCUGGUCCAUUACAAUUCGGUUUCUCACUUGCAUAAACUGAAAAGAGCCCUCCAAGAGUCUGCUACUGGGCAGCCCGAACCAACCAGCAGCCCAGACAACAAGCCUUUUAAGUGUAACACCUGCAACAUGGCCUACAGUCAGAGCUCAACCUUGGAGAUCCACAUGAGAUCUGUCCUGCACCAAACCAAGGCUUGUGCUGCCAAGCUGGAAGCAGCUGGGGGCAGUGGCAGCAGUAACAGAACUGGCAACAGCAGCAGUCUCUCUUUGGGUUCAUCCACGCCAAGUCCAGUGAACACUACCAACAGUAAUACUUUUACAACCACCAACACAAGUAAUUCGGGCACAGCUCCCAUUCCCAGCCUGCUCAACCAGGUAUGCAGCGACAGUGUGAGAAUUCCUCCUUUAGGUAACCCUGUAAGCACUAGUAUGUCCUCCCCUUCAGAGCCCAAAGAGGUAAACCAAAAGAAGCUGGCAGACAUGAUUGCAUUCAGACAGCAGCAGCAACAGCAGCAGCAGCAGCAAGCUCAAACCUUGGCCCAGACCCAGGACCAAGUCCAGGCCCAUCUGCAACAAGAACUGCAGCAGCAGGCUGCUUUCUUGCAGUCUCAGCUCUUCAACCCAGCACUUUUGCCGCACUUUCCGAUGACCACUGAGACCCUUCUGCAGCUUCAGCAACAGCAGCAUCUUUUGUUUCCUUUCUACAUCCCUAAUGCUGAGUUCCAGCUCAAUACAGAAGUUAGUUUGCCUGUCACUAGUGGUGCACUGACAUUGACUGUUACAGGUCCAAGUUUACUGGAGGACCUGAAGGCUCAAGUUCAGAUCCCUCAGCAGAGCCAUCCACAGCUCUUACAGCAGCAGCAAGGCCAGCUCUCCUUGUCACAACCUCACUCCGUCCUUAUACAGCAGAGACAGAACCCUGAGAAGAAGAAUAAAUCCAUAGUGAAAGAGAAAGAAAAAGAAACCCCACGGGAAAGGGAAAGUGCAGAGAGGGGAGACAGUAAUGUAGCAUCUAAAGAGUCUCUACCUGAUAAUUUAAAGCCCAAAGAAAAGAAAGAUUUUGUACUAGGCGGUAGUUUGGAGCCCUCCUUAAUGCCGCUGCAUAUUGCCUCUGAUGCAAGAGGGAAUGCCACAAAAGCCUUGCUGGAAAACUUCGGCUUUGAGCUUGUCAUUCAGUAUAACGAGAACAAGCAGAAGGUGCAGAAGAAAAACGGGAAGACAGAUCAAGGUGAGAACUUCGAAAAGCUUGAGUGUGAUACGUGCGGCAAGUUUUUUUCAAACAUCCUCAUCCUGAAGAGCCACCAAGAGCAUGUUCACCAACAUUACUUUCCCUUUAAGCAGUUAGAGAAAUUUGCCAAACAAUACAGAGAACACUAUGACAAACUGUACCCGCCUCAGACCCCAGAGCCUCCGCCACCACCUCCGCUCCCUCCAGCACCUCCUCAGCCAGCUUCUACUCCUACCAUCCCUCCUUCUGCCCCACCAAUUGCCUCUCCUAUGAUUGCACGAGCCCAGCCGUCUGUGCCACUCACCCAGUUCUCCAUGUCAGUGGAGCUCCCCAUCUUUUCACCACCGAUGAUGCAAACCAUGCCACUACAGACGUUACCUGCACAGCUGCCACCCCAGCUGGGUCCUGUAGACCCUCUGCCUGCCGAUUUGGCCCAAUUGUACCAGCAUCAGCUCAACUCUAGCCGUCUUCAGCAGCAGCAGAACAAGAGGACAUGGAUCACCGAUGACCAACUCAGAGUCCUUCGGCAGUAUUUCGAUAUUAACAAUUCCCCAAGUGAGGAACAGAUCAAAGAGAUGGUGGACAAAUCUGGAUUGCCCCAGAAAGUGAUCAAGCACUGGUUCAGGAACACUCUUUUCAAAGAACGCCAGCACAACAAGGAUUCCCCAUACAACUUCAGUAAUCCUCCCAUUACCAGCCUGGAAGAACUGAAGAUAGACUCAUGGCCUCCUUCUCCAGAACCUCAAAAGCAGGAGUACUGGGGAAGCAAACGGUCCUCCCGGACACGCUUUACUGACUACCAACUGAGAGUUCUACAGGACUUCUUUGAUGCCAAUGCUUAUCCAAAGGAUGAUGAACUUGAGCAGCUUUCUAACUUGCUGAACCUCCCAACACGUGUUAUAGUGGUGUGGUUCCAGAAUGCCCGUCAAAAGGCUAGGAAAAACUAUGAGAAUCAGGGAGAAGGCAAAGACGGGGAACGACGGGAGCUUACAAAUGACAAGUAUAUUAGAACAAGCAAAUUGAACUACCAAUGCAAAAAGUGCUGUCUAGUCUUUCAGUGCAUUUUUGAUCUCAUUAAACACCAGAAAAAGCUUUGUUACAAAGAUGAGGAUGAGGAUGGACAGGAUGAUAGCCAGAAUGAAGACUCUAUGGAUGCAGUGGAGCUUUUGACUCCAACCAGUUCCUCCUGCAGCACGCCAAUGCCCUCACAAGCUUACAACACACCUACAUCUACAGUCGAUGCAACCUCCUCAGCUUGUCUGCAUCUCACAGCAGAGGCAGAUGAUUCCUCCACCUAUAGUUCUAAAGUAGAACCUACAGAAGAGAAACCAAAGCAAUCUGAACCUCCGAGUACACAGCAAAACCAAACUCAAGAGAAGCAAGUGCAACCAAAGCAAGAGUCUCAGCAGCAACAAGACCAAGGAGAACAAAAGACAAGUUCAGCACACCAAAAGAUUUCACAGUUAUCCUCCCCCUCUUCAUUGCAAAAGCCACCUCCCCGUCCUCAACUCCCUCAGUGCUCCUUGUCACAGUCAAUUCCAAGUCCAUCUCAGCUCUCACAUAUCUCCCUCAAACCCAUUCACACGUCCACCCCUCAACAGCUGGCAAACAUACCUCCUCAGCUAAUCCCAUACCAGUGUGACCAGUGUAAGCUGGCAUUUCCCUCCUUUGAGCAUUGGCAGGAGCAUCAGCAGCUUCAUUUUCUGAGUGCACAGAACCAGUUUGUCCACCCUCCAUUCCUGGACAGAACGCUGGAUAUGCCACUCAGGCUUUUUGAUCCCAGUAAUCCACUACUUGCAAGCCAGCUGCUAUCUGGGACAUUACCACAGGUUCCAGCAAGUUCAGCCACUUCACCAUCAACUCCAGCAUCCGCAAUGAACACACUGAAGAGAAAGCUGGAGGAAAAGGCUAGUGCAAGCCCUGGAGAAAAAGACAGUGGGACUGGGGGAGAAGAACCACAAAGGGAUAAACGUCUAAGGACUACCAUUACCUCAGAGCAGCUGGAAAUUCUUUAUCAGAAAUACUUGCUUGACUCCAACCCAACGCGGAAAAUGUUGGAUCACAUUGCACAUGAAGUGGGCUUGAAGAAACGCGUGGUGCAAGUUUGGUUUCAGAACACCCGUGCACGGGAAAGGAAGGGGCAUUUCAGAGCUGUAGGGGCUGCCCAAGCCCAUAGACGGUGUCCCUUCUGCCGAGCUCUCUUUAAAGCAAAGACAGCUCUGGAAGCUCAUAUCCGAUCCUGUCACUGGCAUGAGGCUGAGAGAGCAGGAUACAACUUGACAUUGUCUGCUAUGCUUUUAGAUUGUGAUGGGGGACUGCAAAUGAAGGGGGACAUCUUCGAUGGAGCAAGCUUUUCCCACAUGCCACCAACAAGCAGUGAUGGACAUAGUGUUCUUCUCUCCCCAGUGAACAAGAGCAUGGAGCUGUCACCUCAAGCACUGCUGAGUCCGUCCUCCAUUAAGGUGGAAGGGAUAGAAGACUUUGAGAAUUCCUCCAUGUCCUCAGUCAAUCUGAGCUUUGACCAAACAAAACCGGACAAUGAUGACUGCUCCUCUGUCAACACUGCAAUCACAGACACUACAACAGGAGAUGAAGGGAAUGCAGACAACAAUAGUGCUACAGGGAUUGCAACCGAAACCAAAUCAACAUCGAGACCCAGUGAGGGUCUUGCAAAAACUACCAUGAUAGCAAUGUCUGAAUAUGAAGAUCGUCUGUAUUCUGGCCUGGUCAGCCCAGCUCCUAGCUUUUACAGCAAAGAGUAUGAUAAUGAAGGUAAUGUGGACUAUAGUGAAACAUCCAGCCUUGCAGAUCCCUGUUCACUCAGCCCUGGUGCAAGUGGUUCAGCCAGCAAGUCUGGAGAGAAUGGGGAUCGUCCCGGACAGAAACGCUUUCGCACUCAGAUGACUAAUCUCCAGCUAAAAGUUCUUAAGUCAUGCUUUAAUGACUACAGGACACCCACCAUGCUGGAGUGUGAGGUCCUGGGCAAUGACAUUGGACUGCCAAAGAGAGUUGUUCAGGUCUGGUUCCAGAAUGCUAGGGCAAAGGAGAAGAAGUCCAAACUCAGCAUGGCCAAGCAUUUUGUUAUAAACCAAACAAGUUAUGAGGGACCCAAAACAGAGUGCACUUUGUGUGGCAUCAAGUACAGUGCUAGACUAUCUGUACGUGACCAUGUCUUCUCUCAACAGCAUAUCUCUAAAGUUAAAGAAACCCUUGAAAGCCAGUUGGAUAAGGAAAAGGAGUAUUUUGACCCAGCUACUGUACGUCAGUUGAUGGCUCAGCAGGAGCUGGACCAAAUCAAAAAAGCCAAUGAUAUUCUUGGUCUGGCAGCUCAACAGCAAGGCAUGUUUGAUAACACACCUCUGCAAGCUCUUAACCUUCCUGUUGCAUACCCAGCACUACAGGGCAUCCCUCCAGUCUUACUUCCAGGCCUCAACAGACCAUCCUUACCAGGCUUAAGUACAUCCAACACAGCUUUAACUUCUCCCAAACCCAACCUGAUGGGCCUACCCAGCACAAAUGUCCCUUCUCCCAGCAUCCCCACCUCUGCAUUACCAAAUAAGCAGCCCCCAGCCGUGCUGAGCUCAUCCACCCCGGCACAAGCCACAGCAAUCGUGGCCUCGCAGCAGCCACUGGCAACAACCCUGCAGCAGCAGCAGCCACCCCCGCCACAGUGCAAGGAGGAGAGCGAGAAGGCAAAAGAGAAGGAGAAAGCACCCAAGGGGAGGGGGGACCUCCUUCCAGGGCCCAAGAAGGAGAAGGGGGAGGCACCAGCGGGUGCCCUCUCAGCCCCACUACCUGCCAUGGAGUACACCAUGGAGCCCACCCAGCUCCAGGCACUGCAAGCUGCCCUGAAUUCAGACCCCACCACCUUGCUGACAAGCCAGUUCCUUCCCUACUUUGUCCCCAGCUUUUCUUCUUACUAUGCCCCACAGAUCUCUGGUGCCCUGCAGAGCGGGUACCUGCAGCCCAUGUACGGGAUGGAGGGGCUCUUCCUCUACAGCCCCGUGCUGUCGCAGGCACUGCUGGGGCUGUCCCCCAGCUCCCUGCUGCAGCAGUACCAGCAAUACCAGCAGAGCCUGCAGGAGGCAUUGCAGCAGCAGCGGCAGGUGCAGAAAGCACAUUAUCCCAAAGGAAGCCGAACCCUGGUCCCCGAGGGGGCCGCCACCCUGGACAAAGACCCUGCCAAAGAACCCCCCAAGCAUGAAGAGCAGAAGAACACACCCUGCGAGGUGUCCCCCCUCCUGCUCAACCCCCAAGAAGAGCCCGAAGCAGAAGGCAAGGGCACAGACUCCCUCAGCGACCCCUUCAUCGUACCAAAGGUGCGGUACAAGAUGGUCUGCCGCAAGUGCCAGGUGGGCUUCAGCGACCAGGAGGCUGCCAGCGACCACCUGAAGUCUCUCUGCUUCUUCGGCCAGUCCAUGGCAUACCUGCAAGAGAUGGUGCUUCACGUGCCCACCGGCAGCAGCCAGGGCAACGGCUUGCACCAGUGUGUGGCGUGCGAGAGCACGGUGUGUGAGGACGAAGGCCUCAGUCAGCAUCUCGAGUCAGCCCCGCACAAACACCGAACAAUCACAAGAGCAGCAAGAAACGCCAAAGAGCACCCCAGUCUAUUACCUCACUUUGCCUGCCCCCCCGACCCCAGCACCGCAUCUACCUCGCAGUCGGCCGCUCACUCAAAUGACAGCCCCCUGCCCCCGCCCCCCCCAGCUUCCCCCCACGCCGCCAGAAAGCCCUGGCCCCCAGCAGCACCCCGUGCCCCACCAGGGAAGCCUCUGCUGCCGUCUUUCCUUCCUCUCUCCUCAUCUUCAACGGUUACCUCAAGUUCAUGCAGAACCUCAGGGGUUCAGCCCUCUAUGCCAACAGAUGACUAUUUGGAGGAGUCUGAAGCAGAUCUUAGCCAAAAGUCAGAUGGACUGGCGAGCCCAGCAGAGGGGCCCCGGGACCCCGGAUGCCCUAAGGACAGUGGUCUAGCUAGCAUAGGAAUGGACACCUUCAGAUUGUAA